AUGUUUUCUACCGCUUUACAUCCAGCAUCUCCCCAGUUUCAAGAGCUUCCGGCUCCACUCACAGUCCCCACAAGGCUACGUCGACCUCGCACUCGACGGUCGUGUGACUUUUGUCGGUCUCGAAAGAGUGCUUGUCGGCUCGACCAAGGUCCUCCAUGUUACGCCUGCCGUCUGUAUGCCCGGGAGUGUGUCAUCAGUGAGAGACCGCCGCGGAAGAGGCAAAAGUCGACGAGCGAGGCAGGGAAAGCCACCGCAGGUCCAGUUGCCGCCCAAGACAAAGGUGCCGCCAGAUCUGUGCAUACUGAUAUACCCAGAGCAUCGAAUUGGGCACAGGGAGCCCAGGCCGCCGUCUCUGCCAGCAAUGAUGUGGAUCUCGCCGUCUUCUCCCCUCAAUCUAACGGCAGCUCGCAGCAGAUGUCGCCCACACAGGGGGCAGGCUCUGUGACUUCACAAGUCUCGAUCGAGUCAGGUCGGCCGACAACGCGACACAACGUCGUGGGACGAGAAUAUGAUACGCUGACCGAGUCCUUGGACGCAUGGCCGACCAAAACCACCUUCCUCCUAGGAGAUACAGGCGAGUCGGAUCCCUAUCUGCUCCGGCACUUUUCGACAGAAUACCUUGACUCGUCGGUGGAUGACAUUGCCAAGGUGACACCCCGACAUAUGCUACGUGCAUCAGACCCAGACGUCAUGCACAGUCAAGGAAAGCCCUUGAUCAUGUCAAUUGCCGACCACUCGCUGUACGACCGAGGAGAACCGCGACUGGACCAGUCAGUCCUUGACCAAGCGGCGGAUGAGGUUGCCCAGAUGGUCUCGGACGAGACAGGUGUCCGACUGGUCAAACUCUUCUUUCGAUACAUCUACCCGUAUUUCCCCAUCUUAUCAAAGAGCCGUCUUCUGUACCCGCUGGUGGAACUCCCCUCUCGGCUCAAACAGCUCCCACUCUCGCUCAAAGCGGCAAUCUACGCAUCUGCUCUCGCCUUCUUCACAUACGACGAUGUUCUAGCCACCACGAUUGUCCAUUCGCCGCCUUCGAGCCAGCGAUUGUACCGCAUUGCCUGGGUCGCUGUGACGCACGAAGUCCACACGCCUCACCUUUCCACACUACAAUCAUGUCUGCUCCUUCUCCAACGAGUCAAUGACGACCGAUAUGUGAUGGACACGGUGUUUCGAUGGAGUUUGCUCGGCUGGACCGUGGCUCUGGCGCAGACGUUUGGCUUGUCCACCGACUGCCUCGACUGGACGGGGCUUCCAGACUGGGAAAAGCGGCUGCGUCGACGCCUUUGGUGGGCGACUUUUGUCAUGGACAAAUGGGCAUUUAUGUCGGCAGGGUUGUCGAGUCACAUCCACGACGAUAGCUACGAUGUUUCGCCCCUGAACGCGGCCGACUUUAUCUCUUCUGGCGAGACAGAGUCAUCUCAACAGCAGCAAAACAACGGCAACAUCGAAGCUGCCGGCUCCACGGCAACCGAACCUCCAUUGUCCCACUUUUAUCACCUUGCCCGCCUCACCGCAAUCCUCAGCGAUAUCCAGACGGCUUUCUUCACCAUUGCCGCGUCCAAACGCACCGAACGCGACUUUAAACUCUCGAUCGAGCUAGCGAAGCCGAUCCGCCGUCGCUUGAAGGAGUGGAAGACCUCAUACGACGCCUAUCUCGACACUACGCACCUGCACGGCCAUCAUAAUCACCACAACGCCACUUCUAUGCGUUCCCGAUCGUCUGGGCUGGAUGGUGACGCCUCUCUGGGUCUAAGCUACCUCGUCACGAACAUCAUGCUCUUCCGCGCGCUGCUCCGGCCCCUCGAAUCCAACCUUCCGUCCACCUCGGUCCCAUCCUCCUCGUCCGAGGCCGGCCGCGACGCCGUCCGCAUCGGCGCAAAGACAUGCUGCAUCGAAGCCGUCGAGUUUGUCGAGUCCCUGCGCCGCAACGUCUGGGACGCCUUCUGGCACUCGUGGUCGCGCGCCGGGUUCGCCAUGAUCUCCUCCAUGAUGAUCCGUCUGCUGAUCACGAGCGAGGACCCGGGCGAGGUCGACGACAUCAACGCGCUCAUCAGGCGGUGGCGCUGGGCGUUGCGCACGGGCGGAGGCAGUGCCGGGAACGUCCUGAUGAGUCUGGCGCUGCUACGGCUCGAUCGGUCGCUGGUCACGCGGGGGAUUCACGAGAGUGACGAGGAGUGA